GUUCUGGCGCUUUCUGGCGUCUAUUCUAACCAUAAUGCUCAGAUUAACCUUAAUUCAAACUGGCGCCCGUCUUCUUUGUUCCCGAACCACGAACUAUCAUCGUGUAUCAUCCAGAACCUCCAUAAAACCUGCUGCUCCAAGCACACACAGUUUUCGACACAGAAUCGUGCUACCAGGUGCUACCGUAAGCUAGCACCGGGAGCUUCUCUUUCCGUAAGAAGAAGAAGAGAACACGAUUAUAUCAUGGGAAAUACAGCAUCACCAAAUUUCUCCGGGUUCCAAUUUCAAUCUAUAGGGAAAAGUCAGUCAGACAACCAAAUCUCACUCUUGAAACGAUUGUCUUCUGUGAAGACUUCGGAUUCCAACGAAUACGAUGAUCAGGAUCAUUCCACGCAGACCCAUGACAUAGAUGUGUCGCAAGGGUCUACUUCCGUGCCAACCGCAGCAGAGGUGGACACUUCUUCGGUCGCCAUAUCAUCUGUGCCAUCUAGGCGCACUUUAUUUCAAACUCUAGGGAACAAUGAACAAGUCACAUCUGUGCCUGUUCAAUAUGGGCCUAAAGUGGAUAUUUUUGGUCAACGAUUUCCAUUUGUUUUACCGUCUGUCCGUCCAGUGGACUCUAUGAACUCCACAACCGUCUCCCAGUCAGUUGUUGGUACUUCUACUGGCAAUAAUGCUGUUGAUGAAGUUGUAUCAUUGCCUUCAUCUUCAAUCCCUAUAUCCAAACCUCCCUCUGACCUUCCCUCUAUUCCUUUCCAAUCAACAAUCUCUCGAGCCAGUUCAUGCGCGUCGAAUUCUUCUCAUAUUGAUCUCACGUAUCCCAUGUCCACCCCACAAAGUCCGCAGCAGCCUCCUUCCCCCUUUGUUGUAAAAUCUGAAUUGGCUAGAGCAGCUGUUCAUAUUCCAUCCAAGGACCACUUGAAUUUUUCGUCGUUGACCCAAGGCGACUCUUCCUCAUCUUCUGCCCCGACGCCAACAUCAUUUGGCCCUUCGUUUGCGGCUCUUAACGAAAUACAUUCUCGUUUGUUAUCCACAUUCCAUGACCUGAGCUCGGAAUCCUCUGAGACAAUUGCGCAAGCAUCUGCUAAACUAGCAUCUGCUUUCGAAUGCGCCAGCCGUGCACAGAAUCUUGCGCAGGAAUCUUUAAAACUCACUCAAACAGCAUCUUCCACAUUAGUUGAUUCUUUGGAGGCUGGGAAGGACUCGCACGAGACAGCGGACAAGGCCAUUUCCCUUGUGGAAACGAGCAUGAAGAUCCUAGCAGCCUACGAAACUAAGCACGCGAAAGGUAUCGCAGAAAUGAAGGAAGCUACAGAGAGGAUUGGUGGGUGGAUUGAUGAGGAGCAACAGCGGUUGAGGUUGACGAAAGAGGCAAAGGCCAAGGCGGAGAAAGAAUUACAAGCAAGGGAAAAGAAAGCAGGAGAGGUGAGAGAGGCAAAAGAGAGAAGGGAAGAGGCGCAAGAGAAGAUAGAGGACCAGAAGAAGGAGAAGUCGGCAAAUGAAGCGCAGGAACGAGGAAAUAAGAAGAAGCGGGGACCGGUGGCAAGGUUCUUCAACCUCACGAACGAUGUCAAUCAUGUAAUCAUGAGUGGUCCUUCAUGCAUCACUGCCCACGACCCGCCGACAUCUCAUGCUCCUGCUGCCUUGGUCGAUGCUACCGAUUCCUUAUCGGUGAACUCCUCCUUCAAUUUCAGCAUUGACGCCUCAACCUCUGCUCUUGACUCUCUCGACUCUCUUGAAAAAGCCGAUGCCUGGAUUGAGAAGCUCAAGACGAUCGAGAACACCGCACGCAGAGCAAGAGAAGAAAAGGAGAUGCAGAUGGAGAGAGUCAUGAAGGAUAAGAACAGACAAAGAGAGGAGUACAAACAAGCCGAGGAGACUCGCCAACGUCAGGCAGCGGAACAAGAAAGACAAAGGCUCGAGGCUGAGCAAGAGGACCGGAGACGCAAAGAGGAGAACGAACGCCGUCAGAGCGACAUGGCUGCUGCCGAAGGAGCACGCUGUGAUACUUUAGAGGAAGAAAAACAGAAAUGCGAAGCUGCAAACCUAGCUGCGGAGAAAGAGCUCGUCGAAGCUCAGCUGAGGAAGAAAGCUAUUGAAGAACGGGAGCAAAAGCUUAGAUUGAAACUCGAGCAGGAACAAGAGCAGGCACAGGCAUGGAAGCAAGCAGCGAUUGAUGAGCAACAACGGAGGCGUGAAGCACUGCAACAAUCGCAGGCUGGUAGAAAGCUUGGUAGCCAACGCGCGACCCCCGUUGGUAAUAUAGGUUUGCCAAGUGUACCGAUCAUCCCAAGUAUUCCCUCAGUUGUAUCGCCAACCUUCACCUCCACCUCCACCAGGCCUUUUAACCCGUCAGCCCUGCCCAAGUCCUCGGUUCCAUCCAGACCUCAACUUUUUUCCUCCAUCCCGACGACUCCUAAUGUUAUUGCAAAUCAGACUGUACCGAAAUUGACGAAAAAACAGCGACAAAAGGCGAGGAAAGCGGAAGCGCUUGCGCAGCAACAGCCUGUUUCUGGGAAUGUACCUCUUGGUCCGACUGAAUCGCCUUCCUUGAUAGCAAGCAAGGUCACCCUUCCGACUGCUGCCUCCGGGGUUCGUCAGAACCCUACGACCCAAUCCAUGCCAUUGAAUCCUGAUCAUCGGACUAGUGUCAGCAACUAUCCUCAUUCUCCUAGAAAUAAUAUCUCUCUGGGGCUCAUUGACGGUAGCGUUUCGAGAAGUUCGAAUUCUCCCAUCCUUCACACCAAUUCAACUGAUGCCGGGAACAUCCUCCUCCAAAGUUCAGCACCUAAAUCUCCGGAGGUACGGGCCGCGAAUAUGCGGUUUGUCGUAAAGGGAGCGGGAGCAGGGAUGGAUAACUCCACCAGCUCUGAUUCAAAUGCAAAUUGGAGAGAAAGAAAGCUAGCCAUAAGGAAGUCGAAACCAGAGUAUGAUAUACCGAUGUUCAAGAAUGAAGAUGAUGACAGAGAUUCAAUGAAAUGCCUACGCUCACCAGCCAAAAUGACGAUCCCUGUUGUAUCCCAUCCUACGCCCGAUCUUUCUACACCACUGUUGGAGGCAACUAGCAAUCCACAAGUCUUGCCUCCCGCUGCGGAAGGUCAUAGUAGGGUUGGUAAUCAAUCAAGGAACUCUUCAGAAUACAUUCCUGGUGAUGCUUCCGGAGCAGGACUGGGUUACACACCCAUAGCUCCCAAUGUGGCUAAAGCAAGGUCAACUUCAGCAAAAGGUGUCAUCAGUGUUCCUUCUCUUCUCAAACAACCAGCAAACAAUCCUACUCUUACCUCAACAAGUGCUCCUGCGCCAUUGCAAGAACCAACUUCUCAGGCUCGUCUAGUCACCGGUGCUUUUAGGCGACCUCCUUCUGCACCUGCACCAUCAAACUCACAGACUCACCCAACUUCCCAGGGCAACCUAACUGCCCCUAACACCUCAGUAUGCCCACCUCCUGCAACUGCGCUAUCAGAAUCGCAGAAUCGUCCUGUCUCUCGGGCUGGUCCCAAUGCAGUUGCCUCGCCCGUUUCUCAAAUGUCUGCCCCAAUUCGUUCACUUUCCCCCAUUGCACCUAAUGAUGGAGGUUGGGCUAAUGUUCGUAUACCUGAUUCUGCUUCUGAAUAUAUAGCGCGGUCUGGUCGAAGAGGGCACAAUCAUAACUCCCCAUCGCCUAAUUCGAUCGGUUCUGGUCGACAUAUGAGUUUGGAGGGAUCACCAUUUAUUCCUCGAUCGCCACCUUCGGCGAUUGGUAGUCCUUUUUCACAUAGAGAACAAACUCAACGUGACCGACGACUUUCUUCCUCUCCUGAUCAACGUGAACGUUCUCCUUCUCGCCCGAAUCGUCGAGGUAAUUCUACUUUUCUGGGAUAUGGUCUUGACUCUGGUCGACCAUCUAAUAGCAAUGGCCAAGAUAUACGAAGAGGCGGAGGCAGAGGUCGUACCAAUACUCCGCCGAAUCGAGCUACUUUCAAAUCUAGGUCCAGGUCUCCACCUGUGACACAUACUGGGAGGAAACGUUCUCGUGUGGAUGACGAUAGGAGAGACACUCCGCCUUUUAGACAAGAUCAUUACAGUCAUCAGGCCGAGUCUAUCAGCCGAAAUGGCUACAAGAAUUCGAGGCGCACUUCCUAUCCGGAUUCUGAACAUUCGGUCGAAGCGUACAACGAAAGUCUUUCCCCGCCGAACUCCUCCCCCACCUAUAAUGAUAUACCUACAUCCCUCGAGUCCCGCCUUUCAAAUGGAUAUGAUGCCUCGGGAGGUACAUCAGAAGGCUUUUAUUCUUCUUCUUAUGACCGCAACGAUUGGGUUCUCGAUAAUAGACGACUUUCGCCUCCCUUUCAUCAUCAAUCCCAACCUCCUGAACUCCCAAACAAGCGCCAGAAACUGUUGGACCCUGGCUCUGCUGACAAGGCUCCACUACUUUCCCGGAUGGCUGGUUCCAGCUACGAGGGUACUUUCAAAGGCCAUAGCGGACAGGCGGUACGAGGGUAUGGGCGUGGACGGGGACGAGGACGGGGACGAGGUGGAACUAGCUAUAAUUCACAUUCUCAUCUCGGUCCUGGUCAACGUCACCAGCAACCUGCAAAGAACUCCCUUAUGGACCGCCUGAGCUACUAAGUUUUUUUUGGUCAGCGCAAGGCUCAUCCCUUCUGGUUGUGACUUGUGGCUAAUCCGGAACCCUCCAGGAGUUCGUUUACUAUUCGAACUCUUCUUUUCUCGUUGAAGCUGCAACACAUUCUAACUUAAGCUCUUGUUAGUACCUGUACAUUAGUGUCUGACGGGCGUCGUACUUUCGUCGUCAAUUGAACAUACGUAUCUAUUUCUGCAACGUGAUACAGUUAGGCAUUCAAAUAUUAAUUGUCAAAAGAUCGAAAUUCAAAGAGGGAUGAACGUGGCCAG